AUGAAGCACGUCCAUUUAUUUGCAGUUUUCGUCACCUUUGUGAUCGUUUCGUUGUUCUUGUAUUAUUCAGGUCGUGGUGUAUAUUCUGAGAUGGAUUCCGAUAACUUUAUUAAUGUUGGUUCCAAGAAUGGCUCGGUAGCAAACUACUCCAAGCCUCGAAAGAUUUUAAUUUACACAGAGUUCUUUUACAGUGGUUUGCCUUGGCCUGGAUUGACAACUACAGAAGAUUUCACUCAGUUCAAAGGCCAGAAAUGUUCAGUAACCAACUGUGAACUAACAUACGACAAGAAAGACUCCACGAGUAGCGACGUAGUAAUCUUUCACGCAUAUAAUAUGCCCUCUCCAAAAGAGAUGCUUCGAUUGCAACGUCAAAGGCCUCAACAUCAAGUCUGGGUUUACUUCCACCUGGAAAACCCAAUAGUUACAUCAUACAUUGCACCUCAUAAGCACCGCAGUGACUUGGACAAUGUGUUUAACUGGACAAUGACGUUUAUGCGAGAGUCGGAUAUUUUCCAUCCUUAUGGAUUUUAUUUGCCGCUGACGAAAGGUGAACGUAGUUCAGUAUCAAGUCAAAAUCACGCCAUUGGGAAGACGAAGCUUGCUGUAUGGUUGGGAAGUGGUUGUGGCCAAGUUCUGGAUGAAAGAAAAGUCAGAAUGAUGUACAUACAUAACCUGAGAAAGCUCAUUCCCGUUGAUAUUUAUGGGAAUUGUGCGAAAUAUUUCCAUCAAACAGUCCGAGACUGCUCGAAAACGGCGGACGAUCAUCCGGCCCCAGAAUGUGCUUCUCUCUUGCAAGAAUACAAGUUUAUCCUGGCUUUCGAGAACAUGAAUUGCAAAGAUUACAUCACUGAGAAUAUUGGUGCAAUCCCUUGGAACUGGGAUUGGUCCCUGUAG